UUUAUUAAAACAACGUCGUUUUUGGCUAAAGGGACGCGGAUUCGAAACACCAGUCUCAUCCUUCAACCCUAGUACCGUGGAGCCACCCUUUGUCCACCGUGGUCGUCGUUGAAGGAGGUCGUCAACCGCAAGUUGCAGCCGCACCAGGUGCAAAACAAAACGUCAUCAGCUUUGGAAACCCUAGCGUGAGGCAACAUCAAGUGUAGCAAUGGUUGAUGUCCAUAAGUUGAUUUGCCAAACCUGUAACAACGUGGGUGUUGGUGAUGGUUCUGAUGGCUUUUUCUACUGCCUUCGCUGUGGUUCUCAAUGCGAGGAUGUGAUGGACACCGCUGUUGAUGACGAUGAUCUCUUCAACAAGAGUGCUGUCUACUUGCCUAGUCACCAACGCCAGCGAUCUGUUGCAAUCAAAGCCGAGCCCAUCUCUCAGUAUGACUCCUUUUACGAUUCCCACUCCAAUUUCAUUAGGAAUCUGGGUUUAGAAGAUGAAAAUCCUCAACGAAAUGAUCAUGUUCAAGUUAAAAGAGAGGAGGAAUUUGACGCUGCCCAGUUUGAUGAGGCAAGUCCUUCUGUUCCUGCUGAUUUUGGUGGCUCCCAAGUUGCAUGCUUUGAAGACUACCACAAUGAGAUAAGGAUGCGGUAUGUGAUGGGGUUGCAGAUGAUGAUUGAGCUUCAGUGUGAAGCGCUGGUGAAGGAGUUUAAGGUGACCCCUUUAAUUUGUGGCUUGGUUGGCCCAAUUUGGUUGAGGUUUGUCUCCAAGACUGGCAUUUUCGGUGAUGACUGGGCUGAUAAAGUAAUCCAUGACUCUGAAACGCAGAAUGAAGAUGAACCAGAAGAUUACAAGUUACGUGCUAAAUACAGAACAGAGCCCCACAAUAUGUUUGGCAAGCGAGCUGUCAUGAUAUGGUUUAGGUCUUUAAAGAAAAGGAUUCCACUACCUUGUACUGUUGCUGUUUCAUUUCUGGCAUGUCAUGUAGCCAGGGAAGCUGUCCUGCCAUCUGACAUGAUGAAGUGGACACUUGAAGGGAAGCUUCCAUAUUUUUCUGCUUUUGUUGAAAUUGAAAAGCGCAUGGGACAACCAACAAGUGCAUGUCCUAUUAGUUCAAGUGUUAUGUUCAGGCCCCAACAAGCUAUUCCAGUACAGAAGCUAGAGUCAUUUGCUGCAUCCAUUGCUCAGUUCAUAGGCUUGGAGUUACCUCCCGUGAACUUUUAUGCUAUAGCUUAUCUUUUUCUUCAAAAGUUAUCACUGCCUGUUGAAAAGAUUCUUCCUUAUGCAUGCCGCAUAUAUGAAUGGUCGAUGCCUCCUGAUUUGUGGUUAUCCUUAUCCAGUAAUUAUUUUAGGCUACCUACUCAUGUAUGCGUUAUGUCAAUUCUGGUAGUAGCAAUAAGGAUAUUGUAUAACAUAAAUGGCUUUGGAGAGUGGGAGAAGAGUUUGUCUCGUGAUGAUGAUGCCAAAGACAACAGUGAAAUGGGUAAUGCUUUUGCCUCUGAUAAUGGACAUGAUUUUGGUAAAGAAUCUAAAGAUUCAGCUGAAGAUCAAGUAGGAUCUCAGAAACACGAAUUGGAUUCUGCCUGGCUUCUCCAACAUCUUCAAGCAAGAUAUAAUGAGAUUGCAGAUACCUAUGGGUAUUCAAAGGACUUGGCUACAUAUCUCAAAUACUGUAGGGAUGUUGUCUUUGCUGGAUCAGAACCAUCUUAUGGUAAUCACGAGGAAGAAAAAAUGAUAGAAUACCUAUGGAAAUUUUAUCAGAAUGAAGAGGAUACAAAACCAUCAGAAAAUGUAGAGCAGUCAAAUACUUCUUUCAACCAAACGAGUUCCAGGGAUAAAGGAUGCAUUGGCAAGAUAUCCAAGGAGGAAAAGAUUAGAAAAAAAGGUUUUAAUGAACUCUUUCCUGAUGAUGACACCAGCCUUGAAGAUGUGAGCAACAAUAAUUCCCAUGAGAGUUUGUCAGACAGUGAAGACUCAGAUUCCCAAGAGCACAGUUCAGGAAAAUCUCAUGUCAAGGAAGCCAUUAGACAGAUGAAAUUAGAGAUGGAGGAGAACAGAUUUUAUUAUAUACCACCUAGUGUCAAGCGAAAAAGACUUGAUUAUAUUCACUAUGUGAGAAAGAGGGACGAAGGUGCGCUGACUUAUGUUGCUCAUGCUGAUUAUUACAUUUUGCUUCGGGCUUGUGCCAGGAUUGCACAAGUUGACAUUCGGAUUUUGCAUAUUGGUGUGUUGAGACUUGAGAGAAGACUUGCUUGGUUGGAAAAACGGAUUGAUCAAUGCUUACAUUCCAAACCAACUAGCAUUUCUUGUCAAUUUUGUUGUAAUAAGGCCACGGAAAAUGGAUCUGAUGGUCUUCCUGGAUUAUCAAAUUUGAAUAUUUGAGAAUUGAUAGUUUAACUUUAAGAAAUAGUAGAAUGGAGGAAGGAUGCUCCGAUUCCUUCUUUUUUUUUUC